CUUCUCUCCAGGAUCGUUCGGAUGUGUUUCGUCCUCUCGGCAGUUGGUGAAGGAGGAGGAGAAGGAGCUGAACGGUUAAUGUACAGGAGAACCACCCCGCCGAAAGUCUGGGAAAAGACAAGUGCCACCGUUUGAUAAGCUGUUGGAAAGCCAUAGAAGCCCGCCUGAUUAGAUUUUUCUGCUUUCUAAAUGCUCAGAAAGAUCAGAUGUCAUUUUCCGAAGCACAUAAGCGAUGUUAAAGUCAACGGUUUACCUUGUGUUCAGGUCAUUUCAGGCACAGCCUGUGAAGUCUGCACCCUUGGCUUUCUAGUGCAUCAGUGGUUCAGAGAAGGGUAUGGCCCCAGCUCUGACCAAAAUCCUUAAAAAUGGCCACGGGAUCCACUUGUCCUCACCCCCUGCCACUGUCAGAACUGACUCAGAUGGGAGAGCCAUGUGCAGUAUAGAGCUACAGCCUCACAUGAGACCCAUAGAUGAUGAUGACAAUGACCUCCAGCAGAAGAUGUGGAACCUUUCUUCAUUUCACUCCCUGGACUCCUGCCUACCUUUCAGCCUCUUGGACGCUCCUUCCAACCCUCCGCUUUCGCCUUGCCAGCAGACAUCCGACAGCCAGGGUGAGACGAUGUCCCUGCCCAGUCCAAACUCCCUCGUCAGCCUCCUGUCCUUCAAUAAAGGCUCCAGAGAUUCCCAUCAGGUGGCCUCAGUCUUCCCAGAUGUACCGGACAUGUUUUUAGUUCCUGGGCCUGAACACAAUAGACAACACGUUUGUCUGCCACAUGGAUGGAGUGCUGCUCCUGAAUGCCAGCCAUAUGGUGGUGAUGUGUGCCACUCCUCUCUUAACCUUACCAGUGUUUGUCCUCCAUAUCCCCAAGGGGAGUUUACAUCCCAGGGCCACACACACUUGUUUGCACCUCCACCUUCACUGAGGCAGGAGAACGCAGCGGGGAUGGGCUGCCCUCCCCCAGCUUCACAGCAGCCUUGCAUCGGCAGGGUAAACCCUGACCAGCUGACGUCCAGAGCUGUGCUAGAGGAAGCUGUGAAGGCGCAGCUCUCCCGGCAGACAGACCUGCGCAGCCGGGCUUUGAAACUGCGAAAGAGACUGCAGAUUCUGCUAGGAGAGCAGACUGCGCGGCACUGCAACCAGCAGCUGGAGGGGCUGGCAAAACACAGUCGGCACGGAGAUUUGUCUUUUGACUGCCUCAACUCUCCACAAGAAAGCAGUAAACUCAGUUUUCCUUGGCUAGAGUUGCCAAUAGCCUCGUCAUCCUUCUCAGAGGUCGGAGAGUUCAGCCACUCCAGUCAGGUGGUACUGAGAGGUCUGCAGGAGGCCUUGGACUCUGAGGCUACAGCCAGCAGCAGCUCAGAUGAGGAGCCAGUGGAGGAAAAGAUUCGUAGCAGGAUUUCAUCCAUCAGCAGCAGCAGCAGCUGUGAGAGGCAGUGGCUGGAAGAGAGAGCAGAGCUGAGCAGCCGAUGGAGUUGGUUGGAACUGCGCUUGGCUGAACUAGAAGGGAGGAUACUACAACUGGAGGGGGUCCACAAGCAUAUACGCUCUGUGAAGGGUGGGGUGGUGCUUGCAGACUCCCAGCCACUGACUGACAGGCAGAUUCAGCAGACCCUGCUGAAGGAAAUGGCAGGUUUAUCCUGCACAGCUUCUGAUCCGGACAACGAACCCUGCAGCCCUACACGCCUUCUGCACAAUAUAGAGAGACAGAGUGCUCAGCUUAGCCAGAUCGUCAACAGUCUGAUGACCCCUCUGAGCUUUUCACCGCUCUCAAAACAGUCCCAGACCUGUAAAGACAGGAGAACCCUCCCAAGCGGCCAGAGAGGAGAUGACGUUUUCUUGCCUGUGAGCUCCAAGAGAAGGAGACUAGGGACUAGGCGGCUCUUUAAAGCUGAUGCGUCAUGCGUGUGUGCCCGAACCCGACCCCUGGUCACCUACCACAAGCCCAGACUGUUCACUUUCAACUCGUACGGCUCUGGCAGUCCACUGAACUCAAGAAAGUCCACGGCUACCUGCUCCUCCUCGUUCUCCUCAUCUUCCUGUUCGUGCUGCUCCUCUUGUGAUCCCAUAGUCUCGUGCUCUGAUCUUGACUGCAGCUCCAGUGGGGUCUCCUCCGACACCUUCAGGUUUCGACGUCACCCUGUGUCGUCUCUGUCGUUUGGCACACCUACGAGCCACCAUGUAAAGAGAGUGCCAGGCAGAGAAGUAUGGUCCCAAAGACCUUUAGUUGUCAACAGUCCAGCAAACUACAAGCGACACAGCUCCACGCCGCUGCACAACAGUCACGAAUACAAGCAGAACGCCAGGCAUCAUAAAAGCAGAGUUAUGGGUUUGUCACCCAUCAGGUUGUUAGUCUCUGCUCGGAAUCGACACAGCAAAGCCAGUCAGAGGAGAAGGAAGAGAAGACGCAUCCACGGGCUGCUAGAAGAUGAGGAGGAUGCCCUGUACCAGCUCUGUGAUCCAGCAGAAAGUUCAGAUGAUGUGCUAGAGGAGAGCUACUCACAUGCAUCACACAAGCAGGCUUCACAGGGCUUUGUUCGCAAACGCCAGGGUGAGAACGUGUACAACAUCAACAACAUUGUCAUUCCCAUGCCACUGGCUAAAGUAGAAAAGCUGCAAUACAAAGAAAUUCUAAUACCCAGUUGGCGAGUAGUUGACAUCCAGCCUCUGAUGGAGAUGGAGCCAGAGAAGGCGGAGGAUCUCAGUGAUGAAGUCUUUGCUCAGCGGCACCUGGCUUUGGAGCAAAAAGAGAAGUUACGCUGGUCGUCCUGGGAUAAGAGGAAAAACUGUAGGCGCCCUACAAGGUGGACGCCCACACAAACUCACAAAUGUAGCAGUAAUGAGGGUGUCUCAUCAGUAAUGCAAAAUCUAAGAUCUGGCAGCAGGCUUUUAGGCAGCGGAGGUGGGAUGUACACAUCAGGAGAGGACAGUUCUGUGGAGUGGAGUUGCGCUCAGCUGGAUCUUGAUGAUUCGCUGAGGUCAGAGGAGUGGCUGCCUCAGACACCCUGGGAGCCUCGAGUCUUUCCUUUGGAUGAGGAUGAGGAAGGCGCUCUGCUCUCUGAUGAACAAGAAAAAGUCCCGUAUGGGUGCUUGGGGAUUAGUUCAGCCUCUUCCACAUCAAAGAACUCAAACUCCCGACCAUCUCAGGCUUCUUAUGCUACACUGCCCUCUGGGGGACAAAGCAAGAACAGCAGCUGAUACUGCGUGCCUUCUUUUUUGUCUUUGAAUAUCUCCUCUCAUCAGGGACAACGAGCAGAAAAUGUGCCCUGGGAACCUUAACGGGAAUAUUUAAUACAUUCCACCAGCAUUGUGAUCUGAUGUAAUAAAAAAAAACAUCUUUUUAGGCAAAAGUGAUUAUUUUGUUAGGGUUGUGACAGUAGUCACAGUAGUUUUAACUUCUGCAGCAAUUUCAGGUUUUAAUGUAAAAGUGGUACUGUAUGUAAAGUAAUAUAUCUAUCAGCAACUCCACUGUAGUGUCACGUUUCUUUCAUGUUUGUAUCUGUCAACGCUAUUUAUGUCUACAGCUGUCUUAAAAUGUAAAUAUAGGAUGUGUUUAGUACCUUUUAUUUAAUUUUUAACUUUUACUUUAUGUACUUGUGCUUUUUGUUUGAAGAUGCUGUCCUUUUUGUAUUUUUUUUUUUUCCACAAAAAAGAAAAUGUAUUUGGAAAAUAUAAAACUUUCCAAUAUAGAUGCCAUGCUCUGCUUCCAUAGUUAUCUCAGUGAUCUGAUGUGUAGCAAAUGGACAUGGCUGCUAUUUUUUUUCCUGGAUUGAGAAGCUGCACUAGCGACUCCUACUGGGUUUUUGUUUUUUUGGGCCAUGCUUUGAUUAGUGGUAGGAAUUAAGGUUAUGUCCACUCAAAUCUCCAUAAAAAGAUAUCUGUAUAUUCAUAUUCACAUAUCUGUACACAGUUUGUGGUCUAAAUUUGAGAAACUAAUCACAUUCAGGCAAGCUGUUUCCAGGUAAACAAUGGAAAGGAAAAGAAGGAUGCAACCUAACCAGGAAGGAGAUAGUUGGGUGCUCAAGUGUAACCGAUUAGGAAAGGAUCACCAAUAAGACCCAAUGAAAAGGUGAAUAUAUGCAUCA